CAUCCAAUAACUGUCUCCAUUUUGUCUUUGCUUUUGUCUAUCUUUCAUAAGACAGUGGCCAUAAGUCGCCAUAAGCAAUGAUUAACCAACCAUAACCUUAUGAACCAUGCUUUCUUUGCUGGUUUAAAUCGUUAUUUGCAGCUCGUACGUAAUUACGUGUUUAUAUUAUAUUUAUAAUAUUGAUCCUGCCGAUAUAUGAAAGUUCUGAGUCGAAGAAAUUGAGCAAAACUUCAGUAAUCAAAAAUGGUCGAAAUGAAGGGGGAAGAAAACAAUGUAGACAGUGAAAGAAAAGCUAAAAAGAUAAAGAAAUCUAUUAACAUUCCUGAUCCCGAUGAUAUUACCAAAUUGUUAACCAAUGUUCAAAAGAAGAGAGAAAAACAUAAUGUUUCUAAAAGUAAAGAGGAAAAGCGGGGUAAAUUUGAAAAAUCAGUUAUUGGACAAAAGUACAAUAAUUUGAAGCAAAAAAGUGCAAUUAAAUUGAAGAAAUCUGAUACAUCUGUGAAAAGUGACGUUACUAACGAAAAACCCGAUUGGUUACAAUUGAAAAAGGAAAAAAAGGAAUUGAAAGAGAAAAGAAGACUUAAGCGUCAUACAGAUACGUACGAUGUAUCUGUAAAAGCAAAAAAAAUUGGUGAAAAGUUACGAAGAUCCGACUGUACUUUAGAGGAACGCCAAAAUUUGACAUCUAAGUUAUAUGAACUUUUAACUGGGCAAUGUAAUAAGAUAGUUUUUACUCAUGAUAUGUCAAGAAUUAUUCAAUGGUUAAUUAAGUACUCGGAUUCUGAAAUACGGCAAGCCAUUUUAACCGAAUUAAAACCAUCGUUAGUACUCAUGUUUCAAUCGAAGUAUGCAAAAAAUUGCAUAAAAAGUCUGUUAAAGUAUGGUUCAGAGGAAAUUAAAAAAGAUAUCGUGUCAGCCUGUUAUGGGAGUAUCGUGAAGCUUGUAAGCCAUUCUGUGUCUGUCCCAGUUUUUGAACAGUUGUAUUCUACUUGUGCUACAGAAACUGAUAAGACAUAUUUUAAACAAGAAUUUUAUGGUGAUCUCUAUAAACAUGCAAAAGAUGCUAAAAUAAAAACACUUUCAGAUGUUCUGCAGUCGUCAAAAGAUAUGAAACUUGCCAUCUUAACUGCCAUUAAAGGAAAUUUAAUAAAAAUUUUAAAUAAAAAACUUAUUAAUUCAUCGCUUCUACACACGGUAAUAUACGAAUAUAUGUCACAAUGCUCUGUAGAUGAUAGAGCAGAAUUGAUAGUCAUGUUAAGAACAUUAAUCACUGACUUAUCAAAGACUAAAGAUGGAGCAAAAUCAAGUAUCCUUUGCAUUUGGCAUGGCACGAACAAAGAUCGAAAAUUUAUUAUGAAAUCAAUUAAAGAAGUCAUUGCAAAAAUCUCCUUAUCUGAGCACGGCCAUUUAAUUUUGUUAGCUUUAAUGGAUUCAGUCGAUGAUACCGUUCUUAUGAAGAAGAUAAUAUUACCAGAAAUUGAAAAUAAUCUAACGGAGAUCUCACUAAAUGAAUACGGCAAAAGGGUCGUUUUGUAUCUUGUAGCUAGAAGAGACCCACAUUACUUUCAUCCAAGUACUGUUCAAUUUUUGAAGCAAGGUGAUGGGAAUGCAACAAGUAAAAAACUGGCGGAAAUUAGAGAAAAGGAACUAUUAGAAGCUGUUAUUAAUACGUUUCUUCAGAAGGUAGCUUCGGAAGCAUCAGUGUGGCUAUCCAACAGUUCAAUAGCAAUGGUAACGCUUGCAAUUCUAAAAGCUGGGAGGGGCAAAAACUUAGAAGAAGCAUAUAAUGCUAUCGUUGAUUUCAUAACCGAUUCAGAUUCUGUGAUCUCAGAAGAUGGCAAAGAAUACAAAGCCAUUGAGCAUUCUGGUCUUCACCUGAUGCUGAAGAAGUUAAUUCAACAUAAAAAGUCCGAGAUAGAAACAACCUUUGGUCAACUAUUAGUUAACCGACUAAAUGACAAACUUAUAAAACAAUGGAUCGAAUAUAAUAGAGGUUGUUUCCUUCUUGUAAUGCUAUUAGAAAAUGAACACCCUGACACAAUUGCGUCUCUAGAAUCUAAGAUAAAACCGUUAUCUGCUUCACUGGGAUCUAAAACGACCACGGGAGCGAAAAUUUUGUUUAAGAAAAUAAGAAUAUAAUGUAAGGUAUUUAUAUCAUUGAAAAUUUAGAUAUGUUUGUACAGACCGCAGUCAAAUAUACAACUGUUUCUCCUA